AAAAUCGUGGUGACUAAGCCGGGGAUGCGCGUGUACGUGUCGUGAGCGCGUGCCAGGUGGGAGAGUGACGCAACACUCGAGCUUUGUCGCUAACUUUCAAACUUUUAAGCUAACGUUAGCUAACUGUUGUUCACUGUGGGAAGCACGAACCAGACGGAUCUUGGUAUCUUCCAGAGUAAGCUGCUAUGGGGAAGGAGAAGCUCCACAUAAACAUCGUGGUCAUAGGACAUGUCGACUCAGGCAAGUCCACCACCACUGGACACCUCAUCUACAAGUGUGGGGGCAUUGACAAGAGAACAAUUGAGAAGUUUGAGAAGGAAGCUGCUGAGAUGGGAAAGGGCUCCUUCAAAUACGCUUGGGUUUUAGACAAGCUGAAGGCAGAGCGUGAGCGUGGCAUCACCAUUGACAUCUCUCUUUGGAAGUUUGAGACCAGCAAGUACUACGUCACCAUCAUUGAUGCUCCAGGACACAGGGACUUUAUCAAGAACAUGAUCACUGGGACUUCUCAGGCUGACUGUGCUGUGCUGAUCGUGGCUGCAGGCGUGGGUGAGUUUGAAGCUGGUAUCUCUAAGAAUGGGCAGACUCGUGAACAUGCCCUCCUUGCCUACACCUUGGGAGUGAAGCAGCUCAUUGUGGGCAUCAACAAGAUGGAUUCCACUGAGCCCAACUACAGCCAGAAGCGCUAUGAGGAGAUUGUGAAGGAAGUCAGCACUUACAUCAAGAAGAUUGGUUAUAACCCUGACACUGUGGCGUUUGUGCCCAUCUCUGGCUGGAAUGGAGACAAUAUGUUGGAGCCUAGCCCCAAUAUGACCUGGUUCAAGGGCUGGAAGAUCAACCGCAAAGAUGGUAAUGCUUCAGGUACCACGCUGCUGGAGGCUCUGGAUGCCAUCCAGCCUCCCACACGACCCACUGACAAGCCCCUCCGCCUGCCUCUGCAGGAUGUCUACAAGAUUGGAGGCAUUGGGACUGUACCAGUGGGCAGAGUAGAGACAGGAAUCCUAAAACCUGGCAUGGUGGUAACCUUUGCUCCUGUCAAUGUGACCACUGAGGUCAAGUCUGUGGAGAUGCACCAUGAGGCCCUGAGUGAGGCACUGCCUGGUGACAAUGUGGGUUUCAACGUCAAAAAUGUGUCUGUUAAGGACAUUCGCCGUGGCAAUGUGGCUGGAGAUAGCCGGAACGACCCACCACAGGAGGCCGCCACCUUCACCUCUCAGGUGAUUAUCCUGAACCAUCCUGGUCAGAUCAGUGCUGGCUACGCCCCCGUGCUAGACUGCCAUACUGCACACAUUGCAUGCAAGUUUGCAGAGCUCAAGGAAAAGAUUGACCGUCGCUCUGGUAAGAAGCUUGAAGACAAUCCCAAGUUCCUGAAGUCUGGAGAUGCUGCCAUUGUAGACAUGAUCCCCGGGAAGCCCAUGUGUGUGGAGAGCUUCUCUGAGUACCCGCCACUGGGGAGGUUUGCAGUGCGUGACAUGCGUCAGACCGUGGCAGUGGGAGUGAUUAAAGGUGUGGAAAAGAAAGCCCCCACCAGCGGUAAGAUCACCAAGUCUGCACAGAAGGCGCAGAAGGUCAAAUGAACGUUGUGCUGGGCUGCUGCCCCAAACGCUCACAAUGACCGAAGACACGCUAGCACCCUGCACCUUCUGCACACCAUAGUCAGCGUCUGGUCUAUUAUCACAAUGCAUCGCAAAAGCAGACGGAGGAAAAAAAAAAAAACCUACCCUGUUAGUGAUUAACAUGUUAGCACGCUGUUUUAUGUAGGUUUUAUUGUCACUCAGUUCAUUGUAGAAGAACACAACACACUUGCCAUUACAGUCACUGGUUGUGUGCUUGUUGUAGGCUGCUUAUUGAUCCAGCCAAGAAACCUGGCUGCUAAGCACUAGUAAUUGGGCUUAGAUGUUAUUUUGCCAGGUCUCUAUUGAAGUAAUGUUGUAUGUUCUCGCUUUUAAAGAGUUAUGCUAACUAACCAGAGGUAGACUGGCUGCUUGCAUGUUCCCUGUUUGCAACUGAGAAAACAUGCCUGAGAAACCUGAAAUCUUCACACUUAGCACUUUGCUUAGGCAAACAGUAGCACUGUUAAAUGUUCUGGUUACUGUUUAGUUUAUGCACCUUAAUCUCUGUUAUUUGUGAGCAUAUGUUCAGAAAAGUAAAGAUGUUUAAACAGUU